AUGGAUCAUCUUAUUUCACUUCUUAAUGAUAGCAACAGAGACUAUCAGGCGUUAACAGAAUAUUUUUUGGAUUUUUAAAUUAUAAAAGACUUUUAAGAAACUCAAGGAGCAUCAUUUUUCAACCGUCUCAUUUAGAAUAUUGCUUAUAGAGUAUUUACACCUUAAGAAUAUAUUAUCGAAGCUGGAAAAUCUGUAAACUCAUUGUACAUCUUCUUUUCAGGAAUGAUUAUACGCAAUAGUUCGAAAAAAGAUAAAAACCAAAUUGAAAUCAUCGAAAAAUAAAUAUUAGGAGAAGAAUUCUUUUUAUCAAGAUAAUCAUCCAAAUACAAUUACAUAGCACAAAAAGAAAGUUUAAUCUGUUACAUUCACUAAGAUGAUUUUUAUAAAUUUGUCAAAAAGAGAAAACUUAAGAAAUCAUUGAUUAAUAAUAUCUUGUCAUUUUCACAAUUUCAAGAUAUGUCGCCUAAUUUUAUUGAGUAAAUUAUUCAACGCAGUAAUACAUUAAAUUAUCUAAACAAUUAAAUCGUUUUCGACAUAGGCGAUGAUCCUUAAUCUUGGUUUAUCAUUUUAGAAGGAGAUUUUUAAAUAUCUUACAAGUAUAAAGAAUUAUACAAACCGUUACUAAUAUUAUCAAGAGGAAAUUAUUUUGGAGAAUAGGAAAUUAUAAAAAAAUAAAGGAGAACUUAUAGAAUAUCCUGCAUUUCAACCCACUCAGAAAUAUUGGAAAUACCAAAAGUGUAAUUUUUUUUUCUGCUCUAAAAAAAUUAAUCAUUUAAUUUAAUGAUAAAUGAAAACAUCAAUAACAGAGUUUAAAAGUACUCCUCAAUGAUUAUACAAAAUAAAUAAAAUCUCGAAUUCUAAUUUAGUUCAUCACCUUCUAAACCAAAAUUUGCCUUUCAUUCCCCGCAUGUUCGAAUAAGAUCAAAGAAUUUAAUUGAUAAUGAAGAUAUUAAAGAAUUAUACUAAUAAAGAAAUAAAGAACUUACAAAUUUAUUGAACUAUAGAAUCUAAUUAAUAGAAAACGAAAGCAGCCAAUCAGUAGUUGAAAAAUUAAAUCAAAGAAAUCCAAGAUUAAGAUAAUUUUUAGAUAGGUUAAAUUAGGGAAGAUUAAAAUCCAACAUAAAAUAAAAAGAAUAAAGUGCAUUUUAAUUAGAUUUGUAAAAGUCUCAUCGUAAAAUCAAAACAGAAAUUGCUCUCUCUUCCAGAGAUACUCUAGGCGCUGUUAAAAGUACAUUAUAUUCGCCGACAACAUCUUCAAGAGCAUAAACCAAUUAUUACACAUAGAGUCCUAAGAUUUAUAACCUAUUCUUUAAGCUCUAAGCCAACACAAAAAAUAUAUGUAUUUUAAAUCCAGAGAAUCUAGAGACCGAAAUUUGA